ACGGGAUCUUCCCAUAGCUCUGUUCUGCAGGUAGGGAGUGGGCUGAGGAGUGGCGUGUGGUUCUCCGGAAGCUCGUCCCAGGCCCUCUGUGUGACUCCGGUGCAAGGGGAGGUCUCCGAUAUGUUCUCUGUAUUGGAGGGAAGGUUGCAAGAGGAAGAAAGAGAAUCCUAAAAAGUCUAGACUGGUGAUUCUGGAUGCUGCAAGAAAAGUCUAGUUUCUCGUGUUCUUUUCCCCAUCUCAGUCAUCUGAGGCCACUGCCAUUUCCCAAGAGAAGAGCAAGGAGGGAGAAAGAAUGGCUGUUGGGCUUCUUAAAGCCGUGUACCAGGAGUUGGUGACCUUCAGAGAUGUGGCUGUAGACUUCUCCCAAGAAGAAUGGGAUUGUCUGGAUUCUUCUCAAAGACACCUGUAUAGUAAUGUGAUGCUGGAGAACUACAGGAUCUUAGUAUCACUGGGACUUUGCUUUUCCAAACCAAGUGUGAUAUUAUUGUUGGAACAAGGAAAAGCACCCUGGAUGGUGAAGAGAGAGCUGACAAAAGGCUUGUGCUCAGGCUGGGAGCCUAUAUGUGAGACUGAAGAAUUAACCCCAAAGCAGGACUUUUAUGAAGAACAUCAAUCCCAGAAGAUAAUAGAAACACUUACAAGCUAUAACCUUGAAUACUGUAGUUUGAGAGAAGAGUGGAAAUGUGAGGGCUAUUUUGAAAGGCAACCAGGGAAUCAGAAGGCGUGUUUCAAGGAAGAGAUAAUCACUCAUGAAGAACCCCUUGUUGAUGAAAGAGAACAAGAAUAUAAAUCUUGGGGAAGUUUUCAUCAGAACCCACUGCUUUGUACACAAAAGAUAAUCCCCAAAGAGGAGAAAGUACAUAAACAUGACACACAAAAGAGAAGCUUUAAAAAAAAUUUAAUGGCUAUUAAGCCCAAGAGUGUCUGUGCAGAGAAGAAACUUUUGAAAUGUAAUGACUGUGAAAAAGUCUUCAGCCAGAGUUCAUCCCUUACUCUUCAUCAAAGAAUUCAUACUGGAGAGAAACCCUAUAAAUGUAUAGAGUGUGGAAAAGCCUUCAGCCAGAGAUCAAAUCUUGUUCAGCAUCAGAGGAUUCACACUGGAGAAAAACCCUAUGAAUGUAAGGAAUGUAGAAAAGCUUUCAGUCAGAAUGCACAUCUAGUUCAACAUCUGCGAGUUCAUACUGGAGAAAAACCUUAUGAAUGUAAGGUAUGUCGAAAAGCCUUCAGUCAGUUUGCCUACCUUGCUCAACACCAGAGAGUUCAUACAGGAGAGAAACCCUAUGAAUGUAUCGAAUGUGGGAAAGCUUUUAGCAACAGAUCAUCCAUUGCUCAACACCAGAGAGUUCAUACAGGAGAGAAACCCUAUGAAUGUAACGUCUGUGGGAAAGCAUUUAGCCUUCGUGCAUACCUUACUGUACAUCAGAGAAUACAUACUGGAGAGAGACCCUAUGAAUGUAAGGAAUGUGGGAAGGCCUUCAGCCAGAAUUCACACCUUGCUCAACAUCAGAGAAUUCAUACUGGAGAAAAGCCUUAUAAGUGUCAGGAAUGUAGGAAAGCAUUCAGCCAGAUUGCCUACCUUGCUCAGCAUCAAAGAGUUCAUACUGGAGAGAAACCCUAUGAAUGUAUCGAAUGUGGGAAGGCUUUUAGCAAUGACUCGUCCCUUACUCAACAUCAGCGAGUUCAUACUGGAGAGAAACCUUACGAAUGUACUGUUUGUGGAAAGGCUUUUAGUUACUGUGGAUCCCUUGCCCAACAUCAGAGAAUUCAUACUGGAGAGAGACCCUAUGAAUGUAAUGACUGUGGGAAAGCCUUUUCACAUAAGUCAACCCUCAUCAAACACCAGAGAAUUCACACUGGGGUAAGACCCUUUGAAUGUUUCUUUUGUGGGAAAGCCUUUACCCAGAAGUCACACCGCACAGAACAUCAGAGAACACACACAGGAGAGAGACCCUUUGUCUGCAGUGAAUGCGGGAAAUCAUUUGGUGAGAAGUCAUACCUCAAUGUACAUCGAAAAAUGCACACGGGAGAAAGACCCUAUCAUUGCAGAGAAUGUGGAAAAUCCUUCAGCCAGAAGUCCUGCCUCAAUAAACAUUGGAGAACUCACACAGGAGAGAAGCCCUAUGGGUGCAAUGAAUGUGGGAAAGCUUUCUACCAGAAGCCAAACCUCAGCAGACAUCAGAAAAUUCAUGCUCGGAAGAAUGCCUACAGGAAUGAAAACUUAAUAAUUGUGGGAAAUACUUGAGCAAAAGAUCUGGUUUCACGUGUCCUGGACACUAAAUCCCAAGGUCUUCAUUAUUUCAAUGUUUGGAAAGAAGACUGCUUCCCUGAGUUGCCAUGUCAUCCAUGUAAGAAAAUAAAUGGCCACGUGGAAUCUACGUUUUUCAAGAUUUGCCUCCAUGUAAGACUGCCUGAUCCAGAAUGAGAAAGGAGACAUAACCACAGAUAUCAAUAUGACUUUUUAAGUGAUAAAAAGAUAACUCAUACAAUUUUAAUCAACAUAUUUUUUAAACAGAGGAGGCGGAUGCUUUUCUAAUAAACUUUAAAUUAUGAAAACUGCAAUAAGAAGUAGAAAAUUUGGUAGAAUAAUUACCAUUGAAAAACUCAGAAAAAGCUAUUAAAGAUCUAUAAUGGGAAAAUGCUCCAGGCUCAGAAGAGUUCAUGCUUAGUUCUAUCUAUCUUUUAAAGAAAGAGUAAUACCAGUGUUAUUUAUUAUAUGGAUAUAAUAUAAUCCAUAAACUAUACUCCUCAUUUAUUUUAUUAAGUCAGAAUAAGUUUUAACACCAAAAUCAAAUACAGAUAGUUGAAAAAAAAGAAAACUUCUGCCAGGUGCGGUGGCUCACGCCUGUAACCCCAGCACUUUGGGAGGCUGAGGCAGGUGGA